CUUGUGGCAAAAGGAUCGACUUACUGCGAACCUAUGUCACCAUAGCCCCGUUCACGAUUAUGGAUUACGAUUCUGUCUCACAGGAGGGCUUGAUCCGGUCUUUUGAUAAAACAACAGAUCCACAUGAAGCUGAACAUGAAAAAGACAUCAAGUUAUUUGAAAAACUGAGACUAUAUCCAUUCGAAAAGGAUCCUGAGUUUGCUCUUGGGCUUUCGAUAAUCCUCGGACAUCCCGGAACACCAGCAUCAAAAGCAGAGAUUGAUCGCGACGACGAUAUUACAUUGCAAGCCAAAUGUUUCUACUUCUCGAGAAAAGAAAAGCUCGAGUUUCCAGUCAAUGUCGCAGGUUAUCAGGCAUGGCUUCAAGCCAGGCCUACGGCAGUUCAAGCUAGUACUGUGAACCAGCAGCAAUCCAGCGUGGCAUCUGCAGGCCAUGCAAAUUCACGAUCAGGGCAAGCAGAGCCCGCAUAUCCUUCAUCAUUCGCUCACAUAGUCGAACUCAUUACGACCGGGCAACCCAUACCUGGAAUUCAGCAGGUACCAGACACUGUACUUUCUGGUCAAGAUACACCAAGUACCAAAUCGAAAAGACGGAAGCCGUGGGAGCAGGAAAACGGCGAGGAGCCUGGCAACUGAAUACUGACUUCGGGCUUAUGUUUAAAGCGGUGCUCAAUCUAGCCGACGCAGGAAUUUUGCUCUAAUUGAAUGACCAACUAGGUCCUUAGUGGUAUAGAGUAGCUUAUCAUGUCAUUAUAGUCUAUAUUUAAUGAUAGGAG